GUGCCAUGAGGGGAACAUGCCGGGCCGUUACCGGCGCCAGUCACAUCAGCUAAUGAGAAUGGUGGUACAGAAACACAGGCCACACACAACCUUUAGGGCUUGGUGCCGUGGUUGCGUUUCACUAGCCCAUGCUCCGCUGGGGAGCUCGCAGUGCGGGGUCCUCGACCAAGAUACGCUUGGCACUCCAGCCCAGCAGUCUCCGAGAAGUGGCCGAGGCCGGCCGCCAGCUAAAUCCCAGAAGCGGAUAGGAGCGGAAAGAGAGGCGAUCGAGCGAAGCUUCUUGUUGUCUGGGGUUGCGAGUUAGCAAGUCUAUGAGGCUGAUAGCUCUCGUGAUAGCGGCCAUGAUGGAGAUUUUGGCGAGUACGGGAAGGCCUCGCAAGGGAGGCAGGUAGGACAGGGUGCUGACACAGGUGUUUGUCUGAAUAGAGUGCGUCUUUUAGCUGGAGCGACAGCCUUCAUAGGGAGCUGCUACCCGCAGAAAAAAAAAGAUGGAUCAACGGGAGCUUCAUCUUCCCCGAACAACCUAACACAGAACGCCGAGCUCGACGUCUCCCGUCGGAGAACACACAGUGACACAGUGUGACGGGCGCGGAUACCUCGCCAUCUCUUGGGCGCCCUCGAUCCCACCCAGACAGCGGAAACUUAUCCCAGCUUAACCGCCCGACCAAUCGCCGUCGGCCCAUUAGAUCCGGCCGCGCCUUAACUGGGCCUCAGACCUUUUGCUUCUGCAUAACACAAGAGUCUCGCAGUGAAGCGAGUGGCUGGCCAAAUGCGGGCCAUGCCACAGAUGCUUGCUCGAGGAGGCGGGGUGCGGGGCUUGGUGCACAUAUCAAGGCUAAAGAGGCAGCUCCCUCGACCGCGCUUCUCUGCCCUCGCUGCUUCCCCUCUUCUACUCCCAGCGUCUUCCCAGCGCUUCCGCUUUUCUACCUCGUCGCAGGCCGCAGCACCGUCCUCCGCCGAGCUCAACCACACCGCACACGCAUCUUCGCCGUCAACCGCUGCCAUGGGUGAAUGCCCCGUCCGCUCCGCCGCCAACGUCGCCGGCGGUGGCACCAAGAACCGCGAUUGGUGGCCCAACUCGCUCAAGCUGGACAUCCUCCGCCAGCACAGCCCCGUCACCAACCCCUACGACAAGGACUUUGACUACCGCGAGGCCUUCAAGAGCCUCGACUACCAGGGCCUGAAGAAGGACGUGCUGGCCGUCAUCACCGACUCGCAGGAGUGGUGGCCCGCCGACCACGGCAGCUAUGCCGGCUUCUUCAUCCGCAUGGCCUGGCACAGCGCCGGCACGUACCGCACCUUCGACGGCCGCGGCGGCGGCGGCCAGGGCCAGCAGCGCUUCGCGCCCCUCAACAGCUGGCCCGACAACGUCAGCCUCGACAAGGCCCGCCGCCUGCUGUGGCCUGUCAAGCAAAAGUACGGCAGUAAGAUCUCGUGGGCCGACCUGAUGCUGCUGGCCGGCAACGUCGCGCUCGAGUCGUCGGGCUUCAAGCCCUUCGGCUUCGCCGGCGGCCGCGCCGACACGUGGGAGGCCGACCAGUCCACCUACUGGGGCGGCGAGAAGACGUGGCUGGGCAACGAGGUGCGCUACAGGGACGGCAAGGAGGGCCUCAAGGGCAGCGGCGUGGUCCAGGGCGACGAGUCCAAGAAGAGCCACAAGGACAUCCACAAGCGCGAGCUCGAGUCUCCUCUGGCUGCCGCGCACAUGGGUCUGAUUUACGUCAACCCCGAGGGUCCCGACGGCAACCCGGACCCUGUCGCCGCCGCGAGGGAUAUCCGUGUCACCUUUGGGCGCAUGGCCAUGAACGACGAGGAGACGGUCGCUCUGAUUGCCGGUGGUCACACCCUCGGCAAGACGCACGGCGCGGGCCCGUCGGACAAUGUCGGCCCCGAGCCCGAGGCGGCCCCUCUCGAGAACAUGGGUCUGGGCUGGACCAACAAGUUCGGCUCUGGUGCCGGCCCCGACACCAUCACCAGCGGCCUCGAGGUCAUCUGGACCAAGACGCCCGACAAGUGGAGCAUGAACUUCUUCGAGUACCUGUUCAAGUACGAGUGGGAGCUCACAAAGAGCCCUGCCGGUGCCAACCAAUGGGUGGCCAAAGGCGCCGACGCCUUCAUCCCCGACGCCUUUGACCCCAGCAAGAAGCACAAGCCCAGGAUGCUGACGACGGACCUGUCGCUGCGUUUCGACCCGGGCUUCGAGAAGAUCUCCCGACGCUUCCUGGAAAAGCCGGAGCUGUUUUACGACGCCUUUGCGCGCGCGUGGUUCAAGCUGCUGCACCGUGAUAUGGGCCCGCGCUCCCGCUGGCUGGGCCCCGAGGUCCCCAAAGAGGUGCUCAUCUGGGAGGACCCCAUCUCCCCCGUCGACUAUGCCGUCAUCGACGACAACGACGCCGCGGCCCUGAAGAAGGCUAUCCUUGGCUCGGGAGUGGAGCCGGCCAAGCUGGUGUCCACCGCGUGGGCUUCGGCUUCCACUUUCCGCGGCGGCGACAAGCGGGGUGGGGCCAACGGAGCCCGCAUCCGGCUGGCCCCCCAAAAGGACUGGGCCGUCAACGAGCCGCAGCAGCUGGCCGAGGUGCUCAGGGCGCUCGAAAAGGUGCAGGGCGAUUUCAACGCCAAGGGUGGCAAGAAAGUUUCGCUGGCCGACCUGAUCGUGCUGGCCGGCAACGCCGUCGUCGAGCAGGCCGCCGGCGUGCCCGUCCCCUUCGUACCGGGCCGCAACGACGCCACGGCCGAGCAGACGGACGUAGAGAGCUUCAGCCACCUCGAGCCCUACGCCGACGGGUUCCGCAGCUACGGCAAGGGGUCGGAGCGCGUAACGACGGAGCAGUUCCUCGUCGACCGGGCGAACCAGCUGACGCUAACGCCGCCCGAGCUGACGGUGCUGGUGGGCGGGCUGCGCGUGCUCGGGGCCAACCACAAGCAGUCCAAACACGGCGUGCUCACGAACAAGCCGGGCAAACUGACAAACGACUACUUCGUUAACCUCCUCGACCCCAACACGGCCUGGAAGACGACCGACGGCGAGACGUACGAGGGCACCUGCCGCAAGACGGGCCAGAAGAAGUGGACGGGCACGCGCGCGGACCUCGUCUUCGGCUCGCACGCCGAGCUGCGCGCCCUCGCCGAGGUCUACGGCAGCGCCGACGGGCAGAAGAAGUUUGUCAAGGACUUUGUCGACGCCUGGGUCAAGGUCAUGAACCUGGACCGCUUCGACAUCCACGCGUAAGAUGCUUUGUUUUUUUUCCUUCUUCUUUUACCCGCACCCGGAAGCUUUUGUGUGUGCGAGUGUGUUUCGUUUAUGGCCUUGUGUAAAUUAUUAAGGAUUUUCGACAACAAAAAAAGGAACAGGGACAACGAGAUUGUGAGGAACGGGCCAUUAUCCAAGCUCUAAAUGAAUAUCAAGUCUUGCGAAUUCGCAUUUUAAUCGAAACUCUCCUUUCCUCCUCG